GCAAAGUGACAGGUAGCACAGCUGGCAACCUUGCGUUUAAGCCGAAAUAAUAAAAAUCGCGCGUAAAAUCCGCAUAUUUGCCAUAAAAGACAUUUGCAAAACCUUUGCAGCUGCCACGGAUUUGGAGAAAAACGCACAUUCUCGUUUGCUACCUGUUACGCAUUACAAUGGCUGCGAAUUAUCCAUACUUGAGCGAAAAUGAACCCAGACCUACAAAUAGCGUGGUCAACGGAAUUUGCACAUCAGUUUUACCACAACCUUCGUACGGAGUUCCUCAUCUGCCACCGUAUCCAGUUUACACGAAUCACUAUCUUAGCCAAUUGGCCCCGCAGUUCGUGCCAUAUUAUUACAAAUUGCUGACUCGUCCCAUUAUGACAAACGAAGAAAUGGACAUUGAGAAUUAUAUCAAUUGCGAAGUGGCCACACAACGAGCAAACAUGAUGAGGAAACAAAUUGCUCGGCCCCCAUUGGGGCAGUUGCAAUUGGCCAAAGUUUUGGAAACGCCACCUCAACCGUUGCCGCUUAAAACGCCCGAACCACCGAAACUACUGCCAAUAGCGAUCAAGGAGGAACCGAUUCCAAAUGCUGCAACUCCACCGCGGCGUAUUUAUAAUGCAACACUAGUGACGCUGGGACCACGAAUUAGAUCAUCAAGUCCUAAGCGCACCAUUGAUCCUUUGCCGCCUAUCGAUCCAAAACUGAAAGAGCAGGUGCUUAAGAUACAGAAAAGCCAAGAUAACUAUUCCGAACUAUUUGGACGAUUGACGUCAAUGCUUAGAACCCUCGAUGAGCGCUAUGAUGCCCCAAUGCGUCCCGCCAAGCGAAUACGUAGAAACUUGUCAACGAGUUCCAGCGAAUCACAGCCAGAAGUUACCAAUAGUGUGGACUAUCCACGUCGCGUUCAGCUAGCUGAUGGCAGUUUUGCCUAUGUUCUGGGACCAAAUGGAACAAAGAUUACCGCCCAUCAAUAUGGUGAAGUGUUCUGGACGAAUGCUCCAGUGGCCACAAGGUGUCUUCUAACCGCGGUCUUCACCAACGACGAGUUGGCCACUCACACGUUAACGGGAAAACCAUCGCCUGCUUUCUAUGGUCGCGAACGACCUGCAAAACUCCAAUUGGAUCAAGCAAAAGUGGAUGAUAUUAUUGUUUGCGUUCGCAAUCGAACAGAAGGCAAGGAGCGUAGCAUAAGAGCGGCUAUUACUACGAAAUGCGCCGAUGUCGACAAGAAGUAUAAACGCAGAGCCCUGAAAGGCGGCAAUGAAAACAAGCCAAAAAACUAACGGUUAAAUUAUUAAGUUAAGCGAUCCGCAAAGCUAGAUAUAAUUUAGCUAUAAAGUUGUAAUUCCCCUUAUUAGCAAUAUUUUUAUGACUAAUUUUAUUCUGUUUAUAUUUUGACAUGUAAGCUAGUUACAUACUUAAAUUGCAAGACCUUUCAGAUUCCGACAUGUUUUUUAUUCAAUCUGAGUAACCUUUGUAUAAAAAAACACAGAAAAAGUUUAAAUAAAUAUAUAAACUCAUUUGGCCCAAAA